CCGCGGGAGCAGGGACCAUUUCCUCCAGCAGCAGGCCUCUCGGAGCUCCGCCACUCACGGCAAUAAUAAACACACAUAUGCCCACUGAGCGACGGCCGGUAUUGUCGAGUGUGAACCUGAAUGCACCCGAAAAUCCGGACUCCUCCUAAUGGACCAGCAUCGCUAGUCGCUAGAGUGAGACCUUGUGGCAUAUAAGCAAAUAUUGGCGGAAGAGGAGCGUUUACCCGUCUGAGGUAGCCGGAACUUCCUGUCGCUGCUCUGAUGGUACGAGCUGAUCGCUGACCGCUUCCCGCCUGAGGACACCCCAUUCCUUUCAUCAUGUCUGGAAUACAUGUGCCGUGGUCGACCGGCACAGAGUGUGUGGCCAAGUACAACUUCCAGACAGCCAAUGAGCAAGACCUGCCCUUCUGUAAAGGAGACGUACUCACCAUCAUUGGAGUCACCAGGGAUCCCAACUGGUACAAAGCCAGGAACACGGUGGGCAGAGAAGGAACCAUCCCAGCAAACUAUGUCCAGAAAAGAGAAGGAGUCAAGUCUGGAGGGAAACUCAGUCUGAUGCCCUGGUUUCAUGGCAAAAUCACCCGGGAGCAGGCCGAGCGGCUCCUCUACCCGCCGGAGACGGGGCUGUUCCUGGUGAGGGAGAGCACCAACUACCCCGGCGACUACACGCUGUGCGUCAGCUGCGAUGGGAAGGUGGAGCAUUACCGCAUCAUCUACCACAACGGCAAGCUGACCAUCGACGAGGAGGAGUAUUUUGAGAACCUCAUGCAGUUAGUGGAGCAUUACACCAAAGACGCGGACGGCCUCUGCACCAGACUGAUAAAGCCCAAGCUGAUGGAGGGAACGGUGGCAGCUCAGGACGAGUUCUCCCGCAGCGGUUGGGCCUUAAACAGAAAGGAGCUGAAGCUGCUGCAGACCAUCGGCAAGGGAGAGUUUGGAGACGUCAUGGUGGGAGACUACAGGGGGACCAAGGUGGCGGUUAAGUGCAUCAAGAACGACGCCACGGCUCAGGCUUUCAUCGCUGAGGCGUCUGUGAUGACGCAACUGAGGCACAACAACCUGGUGCAGCUGCUGGGCGUGAUCGUGGAGGAGCGAGGGAGCCUCUACAUCGUCACCGAGUACAUGGCCAAGGGCAGCCUGGUGGACUACCUGCGCUCUCGAGGGAGGACCGUGCUCGGAGGAGACUGCUUACUAAAGUUCUCACUUGACGUGUGUGAGGCGAUGGAGUACCUGGAGGCCAACAACUUUGUCCACAGAGACCUGGCAGCUCGUAACGUGCUGGUGUCCGACGACAACAUUGCCAAGGUCAGCGACUUCGGCCUCACUAAGGAGGCGUCCUCCAUACAGGACACAGCCAAGCUGCCCGUCAAGUGGACCUCACCAGAAGCACUGAGGGAGAAGCGGUUCUCCACCAAGUCAGACGUCUGGAGCUAUGGAAUCCUACUGUGGGAGAUCUACUCCUUCGGGCGCGUGCCUUACCCUAGAAUUCCGUUAAAGGAAGUGGUGCCCCGUGUAGAGAAGGGGUACAAGAUGGACGCCCCGGACGGCUGCCCCCCUGUGGUGUACGACCUGAUGAAACAGUGCUGGACCCUGGACCCGGUCGUGCGGCCCUCCUUCCGCAUGCUGAGGGAGAAGCUGCAGCAUAUCAGAGCCAAGGAGCUCUACCUGUGAAGAGGAGGAGUGGGGGGAGGGAUGUUGAGAGGAGGGGUGCAGCACAGACACAGAGGGUGGUGGAGGAGCAGAGGGACCACAGCACCUUCCUCCUGCCUGUGAACCUGUUGGACUGCCGUGUACCGUUCUCCCCCCCCUCCAGACCUCAGAGCACCUCCUGCUUCCGUCAAGACUGUUUCCUGUUUGUGUUGUAACGCUUUGGCCGGAAUCUUUCCUCUCCUCCUUCCACCGUCGCACCUCUUUUCUUUGCUCCCCUCCCUCCUCCUCCUCCUCUCCUGAACGUGACAUUACCUAGAGGGGAGGCUGGUCUUUUCCUCCAUGUUCGUCGGGGGCUCUUUUCUUCCACUCCUGCCGUCGUCAUUCCUGGAUCUCUGUUCAUCCCUCUCUUCCAUUCCAUCCUUCUUUCCUCCUGCUCCACCUUCCGUCCCUCCAUCCCCUCAGCGUGGUGUCAGGUGUGGGGCCUUCGCUCUGUGCCAAAGUGCCUCCAGUCUACAGAGCUCCAGACUUCCCUCCAGCACUUCUUUAAUUGGACUGUUGUGGUUAGCUUUUUUUAUUCUGUUUUUUUUUUUUUUUUAAGGAAUCUUUUUUAUCACGUUUUUCAGGGAGAUUAUCUAACUGUAAUAGUGUUCUCCCCCCAUUUCCACUCUUCUCCAUUCUUCUUUCUUCUCCUCACUUGUCCAACGAAAGAGCUGGACCAGGACGGGAGAAGAAAUCUGGGGGUGCACAGGAACAAAACCAGGAAGAGAAGGGGGAGAGGAAGUUCACAAACAUGGUUGACUCAUCAAUACAUGGGCUUGUUUUUAUAUCAAACUAUAUUUAAAGGAUUAAAAAAAAGACAAAGGAAACAAAACUGAACGGCACAGAGAUUUAAAAAAAUAGAUUUUGAGAAGAGACUCUGACGUUAGGAAUAUUCAGUGUCUCUGUGACCGCUGCGGUCAGGUGGUGCAUGCUGUGUGUGAGAGGCCUUCGGUUCAACUGUCAGUGCUUUCAAUGUUCAUUGUUUUACUAUGCUAUCAUGAUUAUGAAUAAAUCAUUCCAUCUGAAAAGUGAA